AUGUACGGUCAACCGUGGUGUCAUGACGGCAUCAGAGUCGAAGACCUUGCUCUUCAAUACGCCCCCAANAGUGGUCUGGAUGCCUGGGGCCGCCAGAAGCAGCAACCAGUCCUCCUCUCCGUCUCUCUCUCAUUCCGUCAAGGCUUUGACACUGCUGCAAGUCAAGAUGCCCUCGACGAAAGCACAAUGCACUAUGGCAUCCUCUCCAAAAACCUGCGCUCGUUAAAACCCGUCCAGGACUGGGAGUCUUUGGACGACAUGGCCCACCGUAUACAUCAGACCAUCCUCGACACCCCGCCCGGCGCUGCUUUGAUCCAAUCCUGCCAGAUCGAGAUCAAAUUGCCCAAGGCGAGUCUGCUGGGUGAUUAUGUCAACUAUGUGUAUUUUGUCGAGGAGGAAGAACACACCGGUAGAGUCUUGCAUUUGUCUCGUGUCUUUAUUCCUACCUUGAUUGGUGUCAACGACAACGAGAGACUUGCAAAGCAGAAACUCUAUGUCAGUGUGUGGAUAGACAGGAUACAGGUAGAUGACUCUGAGUCGUAUACUGAGCUUGAGAGAAUCGUCACUCAGGCGAUUGAACCCACAGAAUUCGAAACUCUAGAGUCGUUGGCCAUCUAUGUGCUCAAAGUUUUGAAGAUGAACUACACACCUCUGCAAUCACAAGAGACUAGUGUUCGUCUGAGACUGGAGAAGCCUCAGGCCGUCUCUCAUGCUUCGGCUCCCGUCAUCGAGAUUGUGAGGACAUCUGAUGAACUGGCAGCCAUGAUUCAAUGA